AUGCGCAUGGAGGACAGCCGCCUCCCCAAGCGCAUGCUGUUAGGAGCGAUGGCGGGGGGCGUGGGAUACCGGGGCGGGCAGGAGAGCGACUGGGUGUCUCGUCUAGGAGAGGACCUCGUGGCCUUCAACAUGGGAGACGAAAAGGAAGGGGGGAAAUGGAAAGAGAGCGCCAAGGACUCGGAGGUGUGGUACAACAAGGUCGAGGACGGGGCGGCAUGGUUCAUGAGGAAAUGGCACAGGCAGGAGGCGGAAGCGUCCGCGAAGCGCCAGCGCGCGAGGGAAGCAGAAGCAGAGAGUACGGCCUCAGGACCGAAGAGAAAGAGAGCCGGGGAAGCGGCGGUGGGGGGGAAGAAACGGCGACCGGGCACUGCUGUAGAAGCGAGUAGGGCGGCCGAGGCAGCACUUGUGGCGAACUAUGUACCCGGCUGAUAUUGUUGCGCCCUGUUUCCCUCCCUGCUGUAUGCUAUACUAUUUUUAUGUAUGUUCUUUGUAUUGCCUUCGGCCUCUGUGCUGUGUUUCUUGUUUUCAUGACCUCCCUACCUACUCUGCUGUGUUGGGUACUUUGAUCUCGCUUUGCUGUUGCCUUUGCUUUUGUACGCCUGGCUGUCUGCCCAUCUGCCGCCCCUUUGUCCUGUUUGCUCCGUUACUCCCAUGCCCUGGUGCGUAGUGCCUGGUGCUGGUACGUUACCCUUUGAUUUUUUCUUUGGGCGGGUGUGGGAAGCGUCCUCCUUUAUUUUUUAUUUUUUAAAUUAUUUUGAUCGGUUUCAGAGGGCUCUUUUCUCGAACGGUCGGUGCGAUACAUGUUCUUU